UUAGUCUCAUCUCUCGAAAAACAAAGGGGAUCGUCUCUUAUCUCUUUCUCAUGGCCUCACCACACGCAACCAAACUGUCUCUUAUAAUCAGAUCUCAAAGGUUGGCUUGUUGGGAGCACUGAGACAUCAAACAUGGUUUCUUCUCUCUUUCACCCUUAAAAACCAAUUAGCCCUAAAAAUCCCUUUUACAGUAUUAAUCUUAAAAGUUCCUCUCUCAUCAUCUCAUCUCUCUCUCUCCAUUAAAACCAUUCACAAGCAAAAAGCUUUGAGCUUUUAAUGAGUUUAAGAUCCUCUUCGGUUUCUCCUGCAAAAAACUGGGCUGUUCCUCGUCUACUUGCUCUUAUCUGGUUUUAAUUUUAAUCAAACCCCAAGAAGGAAAAAAAAAUGGAUAUGAGAAGCCAUGAAAUGAUAGAGAGAAGAAGAGAUGACAAUGACGACAAUGGUGUUGGUAGCAUUGCAAAUGAAGAUAAUGUCAACGGUAAUCACAACAACACUCGUGUCUCUUCUCAAACCCUAGAUCAUCACCACCAGUCCAAGUCUCCGUCUUCUUUUGCCAUCUCCGCCGCCGCUAAAACCGCCGUACGGUACCGGGAGUGUCUCAAGAACCACGCGGCGAACGUCGGCGGAAGCGUGCACGACGGAUGCGGCGAGUUUAUGCCGAGCGGCGAAGAAGGGACGAUCGAAGCUCUCAGAUGCGCUGCUUGCGACUGCCACCGUAAUUUCCACCGGAAAGAAGUCGACGGUGUGGGAAGCUCGGAUGUGAUCGCUCACCACCACCGUCAUCACCACCAUCAGUACGGUGGAGGAGGAGGAGGGAGAAGACCGCCGCCGCCGAACAUGAUGGUUAACCCGCUCAUGCUUCCUCCGCCGCCGAAUUACGCGCCGAUGCACCACCAUAAGUACGGGAUGAGUCCGCCUGGCGGUGCGGGAAUGGUGACGCCGAUGAGCGUCGCUUACGGUGGGAGCGGAGGAGGAGGAGCUGAGUCGUCUAGUGAAGAUCUGAACAUGUACGGACAAUCAAGCGGAGAGCACGGAGGAGCAGCGGCGGGACAAAUGGCGUUUUCGAUGUCGUCGAAGAAACGGUUCAGGACGAAGUUCACGACGGAGCAGAAGGAGAGGAUGAUGGAGUUCGCGGAGAAGCUGGGGUGGAGGAUGAACAAGCAAGACGAAGAAGAGCUCAAGAGGUUCUGCGAUGAGAUCGGAGUGAAGAGACAAGUCUUCAAAGUGUGGAUGCAUAACAACAAGAACAAUGCAAGGAAACCACCACCAUCAACAGUAUGAGGAACUCUCUAAUGGUGAGAUUAUGCAAGAGAUUAUCUUUUUAAUCUAUUGUUUGUUGUUGUCUUUUUAAAAAAUGUUUUCUAGGUUUUUUUAGCUUGUACGAUCUUUGGAUCAAUCAAUGGAUGUUUUGUUUGCGUAGUUAAUGUUUUUUUUUUUAUUUGGUUUUUUUUUUUUAUUUGUUUGUGUUUUGCCUUUUACCCAGUUCGUACUUGUAAUCA